AUUACAUCAACCAUAUAUAUGACAAGUACAAGUCGAUAUAACAUGUUCAAUUCCAUCCAGUUUUAAUCCCAUCGAAAGAGCACAAAAUACUGUUUUUAAACUGCUCAUUGUACUAGCAAUCAUGUCGUUUAUGGAUAAUGCACCAAACAUAGAGGCGUCAACCCGCAACCCAGACCACCCAGGGGGCAAAAAGGUCCACGACACCCACGCCACCCCCAUCACCGAAAACCCCGGCUCCAUCGCCUCCGACUCCCUCGCCGCCGAGUCCACCAAAGCCCACGGCGCCUUCUCCCAGAACAAGAACGCAGAGCCCCUCGGCGUAACAGGCGCUCACUCCACAUUCGCCAACAAAAACAUUUCCGGCGCCGAGAAACUCCCGCCCACGCACCACGCCUCGUCGCGCGCCGACCCAAGCACCACCGCCGCCGACUACACGCACAACAAGAUGAAUCUGCAGCCGCAGCCCGCGCCAGGUUACGACCACGAGGAUGAGCAGCUGUUGAAGGGGAAUGCAGUCCCCGCACCGGGGUAUGUUGAUAUGGUAGUAGAGGGAUCGGAGGGGAGUAGGCCGAAGGGGAAGAAUUUGACGGAGGUCCCGAGGGGGAAGAGGUUUGAGGGGGGAGAGGGGGAGAAUGCUAGUUUUAAUAGUGAGAUUGGGUCGGGGAUAGAUCCGGGGAGGCAGGCGGAGCAGGGGAUGAGGACGAGGGGUGCGCAGGGGGCGAGAGGGGGGUCGGCGGCGAGGAGAGGUGAGGGUGGUGGAGAUAGGGGGAUGUAUGAUGAUAUUGGGGAUGAGAAUGCCUGA